UGGAAUGAAACCACUGAAAAAUAUUCAGGACGACGUCUUAAGUUUCAAGGAACAGAACCGUCACUGGAGUUUGAGGAGCUGCGACGACGGGUGGCUAGCGACGUGUCCUACACAUGGCAGUACAUCCGGUACCAUCUGACUCAUGGAAACAGUAGCGGUGUUAGUGUCGACGAUGUUCUUGAGGAUCUGGACCACCACUUUAGAGUGACCUCCCACGACCUAGCGCAACUGAGCGAGGUCGACGGGCUUGAGGAGUGGCGGAAGAAUGAGGCCGUCGCCCUCAGCGCCCUCGUCCAGCAUAGGUUGCGCGUUCUGCAGAAUCCCAGCGACUGCGCCUCCGCCAAGAAGAUCUACUGCGACUUCAGAGCUGGGGGCCGAGGUAUAGGGAGCCAUCUGCAUCAUCUGAGCUGCUGUUUCCUGGCAUCGUAUGGCACUCAGCGCACCUUGAUCCUGAACACAGAUAACUAUAACGGAAAUCCCAGAGGACUCACGACCAUGUUCCUUCCCCUCAGCGAAACGUGCACGAGCUACAACAGCUCUCAGAUGGUGCCUUGGCCAGGGAAAGAGGACUCCCUGUUGGUGAAGUUUCCCGACUGGGACCAACCUCACCCCAGGCCCAGUUACCUCCCUAGGUCCAUCCCAAAGGACUUUUCCAAGCGUCUGAUGCGCCUCCACGGUGAUCCCUUUGCCUGGUGGCUGGGGCAGUUCUUCAAUUAUACCAUGAGAUUGAACAAAGAGUUUCGGGAAUACUUCGCGAAUUUGACGAGGGAUAUUGGGUACAAGUCGCCUAUUGUAGGAAUACACAUACGGAGGACGGAUAAGCUUAACAACGAAGCGAAGUACAUACACUUGGAAAAGUACAUGGAGAGAGUGAAGCUUUUUUACCAAGAGUUGGCCCUAAAACAAACGGUUACUGAACGGAGGGUGUUCUUGGCAACGGACGAUUCCAGAGUUAUUGUUGAAUUUAAAGAAAAAUACCCCGAAUAUAAGCUCGUGUACAACCAGGCAAGCAUAACUUCGGCCAGUAUGAACGAAAGAACCAAGGGACCCAACCUGCGUUACUUAAUGGCCGAUAUCUUAUUCCUCUCCCGCUCUGACUACCUUGUCUGCGGGAUGACUUCCAAUGUGUGUAGACUGGCCUACGAGCUAAUGCAGAGCAUCCACCCGGACGCCUCGACCCGAGCCUGGUCCGUCGACAGCCCCUUGUUCUUCGACUUCCAGAGCUUUCACUAUGUGGAGCGAAGAAAUAGAACUGCAAGAAGGAGACAUGAUAAAAACUUUGGCAUUACAUUUCUCAAAACAUCACAAUCUUAAAGACGGCUUCUUGUACGGCACGAACAACCGUACACAGAAAGCGGGACUUUAUCCUGCAUACAAGACACUCGAUAUUCUAGACAUGGCUGAUAUACAGUCGUUUGAACGUAUUGAUAAAAUGAACGUGAUUCUGUGAUUUUCAAGGUAAUUUUUGUGUCGUUUGGAUGUCCCAUUCAUUUUUCAUUAUUCAUUGACAUUAUUGCUUAAUGUGUAGUGACAUUUGGAACAUAAUUUUAGGUGUAAAACAAAAGUGUAAUAGAGCAAGA